UAUAUUCUUCCAAUGUAAAAUAUGGGUUUCUGCCUUUUGAGCCAUCACUCGUCUCCCUUCAAACUUGUGAAACACUUUCGUGUUUUUGUUGCUUUCGAUGUUUUCCGAAACAAGAGAAAACAAAUAAAAAUAAAAACUAAAAAAAUCAUUUUACUUUUGUUUUUGAUUUCCGUGUUCUCUUCUAUUUUGCCAGUUUUCAGUUUUACUAAAUAACCUUCUUCAUUUCCUUCCCUUAUGACCAACCACUCCAAACUCUGAAUCUCUCUGUUUCUGUCUAUUCUGUGUCUCUGUUCUGCUUUUUUCGUUGUGUUGUAAAGAAGAGGAAUAUUAAUUUUAUUUAGAGAUUUAGGAACCAGUUUUUUUUUUUUUUUUGGUUUUUUUUUUUUUGGUGAUAACCAAGAAAAAAAAAAAAGUAUGGGGUUUGUGUUUUCGACAGACAAGAUUGUUUCGAUUGUUGUUUUUGGGUUUCUGGCUUUGAAUUGUUUCUUCACUGGGUUUGGAUCUCACGCUCAACUUCUUCCUGAAGAUGAAGUGAAAAUUCUUCAAACAAUUUCCGACAAGCUACAGAACCCUCAUUGGAACAUCAGCCGAAAUUCGUGUAGUCGGAGUGAAGGCUUUAACAUGACCAUCUGGGAAGAUGACAUUAUAAGCAAUGUGACUUGCGACUGCUCUUUUGCAAAUGGCACUGUUUGCCAUGUCAAGACAAUCUGGCUGAAGGGCCUCAAUUUAACAGGAGCUCUACCUGAAGAAUUUGGCAACCUUACUUUUCUUGAAGAAAUUGAUCUAACUCGAAACUACAUCAGUGGACCAAUCCCCAAAACUUUUCGCGCACCCCUUCAAAAGCUGUCACUUUUGGGAAACCGCCUCAAUGGUUCAAUUCCUAAAGAAAUUGGUAACAUAACCACACUCACAGAUCUGGUGUUAGAAGAUAAUCGGCUUGAAGGGUCUCUUCAUCAGGACCUGGGGAGUUUGAGUAAUUUGAAAAGACUCCUUCUGGCGGGAAACAAUUUUACAGGAACAAUACCAGUAACAUUUGGAAAUUUAAAGAACUUGACUGAUUUUAGGAUAGAUGGGAGCAGAAUAUCAGGGAAGAUACCUAGUUUUAUUGGGAACUGGACCCAACUUGAUAGACUGGAUAUGCAAGGCACAUCCAUGGAGGGGCCUAUUCCAUCCUCUAUAUCUUUAUUGAAAAACUUAACUGAAUUGAGGAUAUCUGAUUUGAAGGGAUCAAGCAGCCUUUUCCCCAAUUUGACAGAUCUGACAAAAUUAGAAAGAUUGGUAAUGAGGAAUUGCUUGAUUAAUGAUAAAAUCCCAGACUAUAUAGGAAAUAUGAAAGAUCUGAAAACAUUAGACUUGAGCUUCAACAGGCUGACUGGUAGCAUUCCAGCAACAUUUCAGAGUCUACGUCUGAAUCACAUGUUUUUGACCAACAACUCACUUACUGGAAAAUUACCAGAGUGGAUAGUGGACAGCGACGAGAACUUCGAUUUAUCAUAUAACAAUUUUACGGGGCCAGCUCAGGCUAGUUGUGCAAAUUUGCAAGUGAAUCGUAUUUCUAGUUACUCAACUUCUGAAAGUAACUCAUGGUGCUUGAACAAGGACCUCCCUUGCUCUGGAAAACCCGGACACCACUCUUUCUUUGUUAACUGUGGAGGGAGGAAUAUGGAACUCGAUGGCAAUGAAUAUGCGGAGGACAUAAGCAGUGGAGGCAAAUCAAACUUUUUUUCUGUAUCAGAAAAAUGGGCGUAUAGCAGUACUGGGGUUUUCUUGGGAAAUGAUAGGGCAGAAUACAUAGCAUCAAACAAAUUUUCUCUGAACGUAACUGGUCCAGAAUACUAUCAAACAGCUCGUCUCUCCCCAAUAUCACUCAAAUAUUAUGGGCUUUGCAUGCUAAAGGGCAGUUACAAAGUACAACUCCACUUCGCUGAAAUAAUGUUUACUGAUAAUGAAACAUAUAGUAGCGUUGGAAAGCGCAUAUUUGAUGUCUCAAUUCAAGGGAACAUAUUUUUGAAGGAUUUUAAUAUUGCAGAGGUAGCUGGAGGUGUUGGAAAAGGCAUCACCAUGACACAUGAUAAUGUUCUUGUUAAUGGUGGCACUCUAGAGAUCCAUUUAUACUGGGCAGGGAAAGGAACUGGUGCCAUUCCUGCCAGAGGUGUCUACGGACCUCUCAUUUCUGCCAUUACCGUGACACCAAACUUCAAGGUUGAUACUGGGAGGAGGCUAUCUGCUUUAGCCAUUGCUGGCAUUGUGGCUGGAUCAUGUGCAUUUCUCUUAUUGGUCCUUUUAGCCCUCCGAAAGAUGGGUUACUUAGGGGGAAAAGACCUUGAAGAUCCAGAACUACGAGGGCUUGAGUUACAAACAGGAUACUUCACAUUAAGACAGAUCAAAGCUGCCACAGGUAACUUUGACCCAGCAAAUAAAAUAGGUGAAGGAGGCUUUGGUCCAGUUUACAAGGGUGUACUAUCAGAUGGCUCCGUGAUUGCUGUUAAGCAGCUCUCUUCCAAAUCAAAGCAAGGGAAUCGUGAAUUUGUCAACGAGAUCGGCAUGAUAUCUGCAUUGCAACAUCCUAAUCUUGUGAAGCUAUAUGGUUGCUGUAUUGAAGGAAAUCAAUUGUUGCUUAUAUAUGAGUACAUGGAAAACAAUAGUCUUGCCCGUGCACUUUUUGGUCAUGAGGAACAACGGCUACAACUUGACUGGAAAAUAAGACAGAAGAUAUGCUUGGGAAUAGCAAGGGGGUUAGCAUAUCUCCAUGAGGAAUCGAGGUUGAAAAUUGUUCACAGAGAUAUAAAGGCAACCAAUGUGCUCCUUGAUAAGGAUCUAAAUGCAAAAAUAUCUGACUUUGGUUUAGCCAAGCUUGAUGAAGAAGAAAACACCCAUAUCAGCACAAGAAUUGCUGGAACAAUAGGUUAUAUGGCUCCUGAAUACGCCAUGAGAGGAUAUUUGACAGACAAAGCAGAUGUAUACAGCUUUGGAGUUGUAGCUUUAGAGAUUGUCAGUGGGAAGAGCAACACAAAUUACAGACCAAAGGAGGAAUUUGUUUAUCUUCUUGAUUGGGCCUAUGUCCUACAAGAACAAGGAAAUCUUUUGGAACUUGUGGAUCCAAGUCUUGGUUCAAACUACUCCAAAAAGGAGGCCAUGACGAUGCUUAACUUGGCACUCUUAUGCACCAAUCCAUCUCCUACCCUGAGACCACCCAUGUCAUCUGUAGUCAGCAUGCUUGAAGGUGAUAUUCCGGUCCAAGCACCGAUCAUCAAGCGGAAUUCAGCUGAGACAGAUGCAAGGUUUAAAGCAUUUGAAAUGCUGUCACAAGACAGCCAAACACAGGAAGUCUCUUCAAUCUCACAUGAUAGCCAUCAAAGAGGCCAGUCUAUGGAUGGUCCAUGGAUUGAUUCUUCAAUUUCUCUUCCCAGUAAGGAUGAUCACCAUGAAGAUUCUUCAUCCAGCAAGCUUCUCUAGGAUCCUUUCAAUGUUAAUUUAGAGUAAUGAAAAAGCUGACAAAGUUUUUCAGGGAUUUUGAAAUUCUUAUUUGAAUUUUGUUGCAUUCCUUUGUAAAGGUAUUACAUUAAAAAAAAAAAAUAUAUAUAUAUAUGUUUUGUUUGGUUAGAUAAUUUGAAGGGGUAAAUAAAUUAACAGAAUAAUUUUGGUUAAUUAUAUAUACGAGGUCUGCUCUGCUUCUUAAUGUAAUGUACUAAAUCAAGGAUGGAAAAAAGGAUUAAUCCUUAUUUCUUAUAAUUGAGUUUGCUUUGGAAGUUUCCAUUUAA